AUUUUUGCAGUGAGAUUAUUUGACGAUGGUGCAUAGAGUGUUGCAUAAGGGCAGUUGUCAUUGCGGUUCUGUCAAGUGGCAGGUUUAUGCUGAUGAGGAAAUCAGCAUCAUUGAAUGCAACUGCUCCGUGUGCAAAAAGAAGCACAGCAGGUACUUUAUCGUACCUCUGGACCAUUUCUGCAUCACUGCCGGACACGAACAUUUGCUAACGUACUCCUUCAACACUCACACUGCCAAACACAAUUUCUGUCGUACCUGUGGUGUGCAAAGCUUCUUCAUCCCCAGAACAAAUCCAGACGCCGUCGGGAUAAUGCCUCAUUGCAUCGACAGCCUGACGGUGAAGAAGGAAAAGAUCAUCAAGUUUGAUGGCAUGAACUUCGAUUCUGCAGUGAAGAAAAACAGGGCAAUGCUGAUGAAAUUGGCGCGCAAAGAAAGCUGUGUCAACUUGAAGCUGAGCAACAUUCAUUGACAAGAGAAAAAAAACAAUAAAGGAAAAAAUUGUGAGGUCAUCUGAUUCCAUAGAAUAAUAGGAAAUAUAAUGCAAAAACAUCCCAAUCCUCAGGAAAGCCCUAAAUUAUGAUAGGGAACACUUUUGAAUUGAACAUUUUUAUUCUCAUUUUGGCCAGUUGAGAAAUGAAUGAAAGAUUUUCUGCAUAACAAAAUAUUUCUUUCCCAUUCAAAGCUUUUUUUUUCAAGAACACACCUGUUAUUUAUUGUAACCAUAAAAAGGGCAAUAAAAUAUUUCUGUGA